AUUUCGCAAUGGCUGUGACAGUGUGUGUGUUGUGCGUCAGUUCGUUGGUUUCUGUUUUUGGAUUGCGUCUGUAUCGCUUCAUUUGAAUUUGUUUUUGGUUUAUCAGCAAUAAUUUAUUACUUUAUACAACAACGAAAAGCUAAAAUAAAGAACAACAUGGAAUAUUGAAAACUAUGUGGGAAAGUUUCAUCAAAAUAUUUCCAGUGAUAACUGCAGAACGGUUGCUUUGGGUCAAGUACUGUACUAGAAAAUUCUGUUUUCAAAUAUUGAAAACUAUGUGGGAAAGUUUCAUCAAAAUAUUUCCAGUGAUAACAGCAGAACGGUUGCUUUGGGUCAAGUACUGUACUAGAAUGCUUUUAAAUUCUAUUACUAACUUUUACGUGCAACAAUUAGUGUCACUGCAGACUGCACUGUUCAAAGACAGUAUAUUACAUAACAUGAGAACUCAAACAGAAAUGGAUGAAUAAGGAGGAUGUAGUAGUUUUCACUAUAAAUGAAAAGGUUCACAAAGUGACUGGAGAAGUAGCGAUUGAGACAUCUCUGAAUGCAUACAUACGAGACUAUGCCAAUCUCAAAGCUACCAAGUUCAUGUGCUUGGAAGGGGGAUGCGGGUGCUGUGUGGUUUCAGCUAGGAUUCAAAAUCCUUCCACCAAAAAGUAUUCCACCUACUCUAUUAAUUCGUGCCUUGUGUUGGUGCACGCCUGCCAUGGCUGGAUCAUCACAACCAAUGAGGGCAUUGGCAGUAGGGCGAGAGGAUACAGCAGCAUUCAAACCACGCUGGCCAAAUUCAAUGGAUCGCAAUGCGGCUACUGUUCGUCUGGCAUGGUCAUGAAUAUGUACAGCUUGACAAAGUCUGGGAAAAGACUGAGCAAGAAAGAUGUGGAGCAGUCUCUGAGUGGAAACAUUUGCCGUUGCACCGGAUAUCGGCCAAUACUGGAUGCUUUCGGCUCGCUGGCAUCUGUUGCUUGCAGUAAAGGCGUUUGCGACAUUGAGGAUGUGAUAUCAGAUAAGAGACAGGAAGGAUUGAAUGAUGUUGAUGAACUACCAUUAUCUUCUAGUUUCAAUGACGAACAAAAUGACUUGGCAUUCUUAGACGAUAGCGAAGAAGAACACCACGAAGACCAUUUCGUCGAGAUAGCUCUAGCUGCCAACAGCUUCAACAUGAAAGAUAGAUUUGGCAAACAGUUCUACUAUGCCAAAACCAAAAAAGAGAUAUUCGAGAUUUUUGAUUUGAUAGGCGGAAAGUCGUAUCAACUUUUAUGUGGUGGAACUGCAAAAGGUGUGUACAAAAGUGACACUACCCCGGACGUGUACAUUGACAUAACAAAGGUGGCAGCACUGCAGAGCAUUAAAGUGUCGAAUGUCAUAGAGAUGGGAGCCAAUGUAACACUCAAUGAUGCCAUGCUCUUCUUCAGAUCCAUUGCCAAGGAUCAGCCAAUCAAAUUCGGCUACACAUCUGCUCUAGCUGAUCACAUCGCUCUCAUCGCUUCGUUGCCUAUACGAAAUAUAGCAUCAUUGGCAGGAAAUCUGAGCAUCAAGCAUGAGUAUCAACAGUUCAGAUCUGAUGUGUUUGUUAUUUUUGAAACCGUGGGAGCUACUGUGAAAAUUGAGGAGAAUGAUGGGGCUUCAAGAAUCGUAUCUCUUCCUGAAUAUCUCAAAAUCAAUAUGAAUAAAAAACUUAUUUCAAGUUUUUGUCUACCCACGUUAAAUAGUGUUACAAACUACAUCAAAACAUACAAGAUUUCCAAGCGUACUCAAAACUCAAUUUCGUACGUGAAUGCUGGAUUUCUGUUCCCAAUUGAUGGAGAAUCAAAGACAAGGGUUAUUGGAAGACCAGCGAUAGUGUAUGGAGGAAUCAGCAAAACAUUUAUACACGCUACAAAAACUGAGAAUUUCUUGAUUGGGAGACGACUAUUGGAUAAUGGCACGUUGCAAGAAGCACUCAAAAUUCUAAGCGAUGAAUUGGAGCCGACAGUUGACGUAUUGGAUGCUAGUAGAUCCUACAGGAAAGGCCUUGCACUUGCAUUAUUCUAUAAGUUCGUGCUUAGCCUAUCGAAGAACUCGAAAUCGGUGUAUUUUAGUGGAGGAAGCCUGCUUGAACGGCCCCUAUCCAGUGGCAGGGUCAAGUUUGAGACUAAUAAGAAAUUGGCGCCGAUCACCGAGCCCAUUCCGAAACUCGAGAUUCAACAGCAGUGUUCAGGUGAGUUGCAGUAUAUAAACGAUAUGCCGAAAAUUGAUGGUCAACUGUAUUGUGCAUUCGUCUUAACUACUGUUGCCAAUGCUCGGCUGAAAUCUGUCGAUGCUUCUGAAAUACUGAAACACUCAGGAGUGCGCGCCUUCUAUACGGCAAAGGAUAUUCCUGGCAAAAAUACUUUCCAGUUGCCUCUAUUAACUUCUUCCGAAUACGAACUGUUAUUCUGCGAGGGACGAGUGGAGUAUGCUGGGCAGCCGAUUGGAGUGAUAGUGGCAGACACAUUGCAGUUGGCUGAGUAUGCUGUCAGGAAAGUGAAUGUCGAAUAUAGCAAUGUUGAAAAGCCUGUGCUAUCUGUGAGGGAGGUUCUAGCCAAGGGGCCCAAGGAGAAUAUCAUUCCUCAGGGCGAAGUCACUCCUACCGCCAAAAAAGACAAGGUGAAACACGUGAUUGAAGGCAGCUUUGAAGUGGCGAAACAGUACCACUUUACACUGGAGCCGCAGACAUGUCUGUCUGUUCCCGGGGAGGGCGGGGCCUGUCUCACUGUCUACUCCAGCACUCAGUGGCCGCAGAUUGUGCAGUAUGCCGUUGCUCUGGCUCUCAACAUUCCAGUUAAUAGUGUUUACGUGAGUGUGGCGGCGGUGGGCGGAGGCUACGGCUCCAAGUUCAGUCGUGCGGCGUUGCCAGCUUGCGCAUGCGCAGUUGCCGCUUUUCUGCAGCAGAAACCCGUUGCCAUGGUGAUGAGCAUUGAGCAUAUGAUGCAGGCCAUUGGCAAGAGGUUCCCGCUCUAUGUACAGUACAAGGUAGGAGUGGACAAUGACGGAGUGAUUCAGUACCUGAACUGCAGCAUGUAUGAGGACAUUGGACGCAAUCUCAACGAUUUGAACUGUUCGGCUCUGCUCGUCUGCCUGCCGGGGCCUUACGAUUUCUCCACCUGGACUAUCAAGGCGUUCGCUGUCAAAACCAACACGCCCACCAAUUGCUAUUGCAGAGCCCCAGGCUCGACUGAAUCAACGGCAACUAUAGAAACUAUAAUGGAGCACAUUUCAGAAGUAAUCAAGAAAGAUGCAGUCUCAGUACGUCUGAAGAAUAUCGGCAGUGAUGAUAAGGUGGCUGCUGACUUGAUAGCAAAUCUCAGAACAACGUCCGACUUUGAAACUAGAAAGGCUGCUGUGGAGAAAUACAAUAAGGAAAACAGGUGGAAGAAAAAAGGCAUAUCACUGAUGCCGGCUGCUUACAUUGUUCAAUCGACGGGAAUCUAUAAUUCGGCAGUUUCGAUCUACCAGCUGGAUGGCACUGUCGCGAUUAGCCAUGGUGGGAUCGAGGUUGGCCAAGGUAUCAACACAAAAGUAGCGCAGGUAGCAGCUUACACGUUGGGCAUUGACAUUAAGUUGAUAAAAGUGAUAUCCUCGAAUACAUUUGUGUCUCCAAACAACACCUGGACAGGAAAUAGUCAGACAUCGCAAUCAGUCUGUACGGCUACAGUCAAAUGUUGUAAAACAAUAGUGGAAAGACUGGAACCUAUAAAGAAGGCUUUGAAAAAUCCUUCAUGGUUACAAUUGAUACAGGCUGCCUAUAAUCAAAAUGUGGACCUCCAUGCUAGUUCGAGUUGGACAACUGAAGAUACCCCCUUCUAUUAUGUGAAUGGAGUUUGUGUAUCUGAGAUUGAGUUGGAUAUUCUCACAGGACAGCACAUAAUCCAUCGCGUUGACAUCAUACAGGACUCCGGCGAGAGUUUGAACCCAGAACUGGAUAUAGGUCAGGUACAUGGGGCCUUUGUCAUGGGUAUGGGCUAUUAUCUACUCGAGGAGUUGAUAUACAGUUCCACUACAGGACAGCUGUUGACCGAUCGUACAUGGAAUUAUACGCCUCCUGGAGCUCUAGAUAUUCCCGUCGACUUCAGAGUUGCUUUGAGCAAGAGAUCAGAUUCUGUCGCAGCUGUAUUUGGAUCUAAAGCCAUUGGAGAACCACCCCUGCUUCUGAGUGCUAGCUUUUUGCUCGCUUUUCGAAGCGCCCUUGAGUCAGUUCGCCGAGAUGCCGGAUUGAAGCAAGAGUGGUUCAACAUCAAGCCUCCAUUGACUCCAGAGUUUGUGUUCGACUACUGUGCAAAUUCCAUUGAGCAGUAUCGCUUAUAGAGUUAGAGAGAUGUCACAUUACUCCAAGGUGCGUGACGCAUUCUUCUUUGCUGACAAAGUGUUGUUCUUUUCAAUAUUCUAGUGCUUUGUUUUGGUUUUAGAUAGAAAGUUGCCAAUCGCUUGGCUCCAUUCAUUCAUCUAUUAUUUAGUUCCAUCUUUUAUUUUCUCAUUAUUUGUUCCACUUAAUUUUAAGAGUAGUUGAAAGUCAUUAUAGUUAUACCUUAGACAGAAAUACUAUGACUGGUUCACUUUUAAUACAAGUUCUUUCAAAUCAAAUUCUCUAUUUUACACAAGUUAUUAUUGUAAUAAGUGUAUCGUCAAAAUACAAGAAUCAAAACAUAAAACAUUUCUUAAGCUUUACAGUAGGCAUCAGUAUACAGUAUAAUAAUAGUAUCAUACUAAGUUUUCUUAUAUUAUGAAGUUAGGGUAAAAGAAAGGAGAUGGGGCCGCGCUACCUGUACACUGAUGUACCUCCGGAUGUACCUCCAAAAAGGUGCAUCCUCUAACUCUCGACUAGCAUACUUCAUUGUCCUCUGAUUCCGCUUCAUUACUCUCAUUAGUGGCCCCGUGUGCUUUCUUGGAGGCAAUUCUAGCUGGUAGCACCAACUUAUCUACUACUUUGCACCUUACAUCUGUUACUUGUAUUUUCUGCAAUUAAUGAAUGUAAAUCAGUGAUCAAGUACUUGUAAUUAUUGUUUUCAUUUGAUGAAACUCAACUUGCUCACAAGCUGUAUACAGACUAGCUUGAGUUACAUACAAUUCGAUACUUAUUAAACGUACGAUUUUUGGCGUCCUUUCAAAUUCUAUUAGAUUGAACACAACUUGGCAAACAUAUGUAUCUUGUGUUUGUCAAAUCCCAUUCAAUCUCUUAGAAUUUAUAAGAACGGCUAACAAAUGUACUGCCAAAAAAUCGAUGUGGGCUUCACACAUGUAUGCUACAGCUGAAAGUGCCUUCAAGUAACCACACUGGUCCACCAAUAUAUUGCUCGGAGUGGGAACCUUAACAAUAGACCACGAGAAUGUCGAAAUUCAAUAACAAUAGGUGACCACUGAAGGGUCUCUAGAACUACUACCUGUCAAUCCAUUGUUUUCGACGGCCCCGUCUCAUUUCUUUAACCCUCAAGAUAUAUUUGGAAACAAAUUACAAACUCUUUCUUCAAGCAAGCUCUAUUUACUCUAAGGCUAGGCACACACCAGUUAGUCAAGACAAGACAAGACAUGAUCAGUCACAAUACUUCACGUUGUUGCUUAUGUCGCAGCUCACACUGAUUAGUCAUUGCAACUAGACAUGUCUUCAUGAGCAACUAUGUGAAGUAUUGUGACUGAACGUGUCUUGUCUUGUCUUGACUAACUGGUGUGUGCCUAGCCUAAGGCUGGAAGUACACCAGUUAGUGAAGACAAGACUAUUCACGUUCAGUCACAAUACUUCACAUUGUUGCUUAUGUAGACAUGUCUAAUCAGUGUGAGUUGCGUCAUAAGCAACAAUGUCUGGUAUUGUGACUAAACAUGUCUGAUCAUGUCUUGUCUUGACUAAC